ACAGACUUUCAGUCGGGUACAAGACCAAAUGUGUCUCAAACGGCGCUCGAUUAUUAAUGUUUAUGUUUAACGGAAAGAUUUCUUUAAGAGCUCAUAACCAAUGCUUUAUUAGUAAAUUAAGUAAGACUUUAACACAAAAGCAGACCUCAUGAACGAACGUUAAUCAUCCAUUAAUAUACAUCAUUAAUUUGCUUUAAAAAAAAAAACUUUACAAGUAUUUCAUCCCUCACUUGUUUCUUUCAUCCCUCAUUUUCCGCGCGGAUGAUGAACAGUUUUUGUCCGUUCGGAGGGCGGAACCUUCGGGUGGCUGCUGAGAGUAACGCAGCUGUCAAAGAUAGCUGUCACCCAGCUUCAUGAUCACACACACACACACAGGCUAAAGCACACCCGAGGAACACAUUGUCCCAUGUUGUUGACAAGGUGUCAGCCUUCUCACAGCUGAAUACCAGCACUUUACUCCACCGGACUGAAACAUUAGUGAAUCCACACGUCUGAGGAUUUAACACGUAAACCUUAAGGAAUAAAUUCGACACCAGACCACAACAGGACGUGAACAGGGAUUUAUUUUACGGUUAUGAAGACUAAAAAGGGUAUGUUGGCCACUUCUGGCAGUGAGACAGAAGAUGAGGAUAACAUUGAUUUGCCUCUCGAUCUUUCAUCGAGUCGUGGACCUGCAGCCAAAAGAAAACGAAGAGGCAACCUGCCUAAAGAAUCUGUACAGAUUCUCAGAGAUUGGCUUUACGAACACCGGUAUAAUGCCUACCCUUCAGAACAGGAAAAAGCACUGCUAUCAAAAGAGACUCAUCUUUCCACACUUCAGGUGUGUAACUGGUUCAUAAAUGCCCGUCGAAGACUCUUGCCAGAUAUGCUAAGGAAGGACGGUAAAGACCCAAACCAGUUUACCAUUUCACGCCGUGCCAGCAAGACACCUGAAAGCAUGAGUGACCGCUUACACUCACCUAAACAUGAUAGCUAUGAACCUGGCUCACCUGCUUGCCCAGACAUCAUGAUCUCCACCAGUAUUUCCAGAAAAACUGCAUCACCCACAAUGCCACCUUCACCCACUCUGGCCCGUCCCUCUGUCAUUUGCCAUACUACCAUCACUGCUACAGGUCCAAAGGUUGAUGGGACCACAGACUUAGCAGUCUUCAGCUACCCCUCAGGAACAGGACUGGGCACGGAAUUCAACACCCCACCACCUACCCCCCCUGACCUGACAGCACAGGACUUCAGUGGCUUCCAGCUUCUUGUGGAUGUGGCAUUGAAGAGAGCUGCCGAGUUGGAGCUUCAGGCUAAACGAGUGCUUGCUUGAAUACCGGAAUCGGAUAAAUCUUUAGAGGAAAGAUAAUAUCCACAAACAUUCAUUCCUGGCCCCCAACCCCUUUGACAUGUACUUUUUUCAAGGAGAUUGGGGAUGCGACAUGGUGACAGACAGUGUCAUAGAGUCCUUGUCAUUUCUAUUUUUGUUAAAUGUAAAUCCAGUCUGUUAAAAUUUGUUAGUACAAUACACAUUUUAAGGGGCCAUGGCAGUCCACAUUUUUUUUCUCUUUCAUUUUUGUAAACAAAUAUGUAUCUAUACAUAUAUAUAUAUAUAAUUUUUUUUUUUGCACACGUGACCAAAAAUACAUAUACAAAGAUUUUGUAGAUUGUGAGUAGGGUGACAUUUAUCUUCUCUGUUGUGGUGUUCCAUUGAGUUUUGCAGAGGUUUGUCCCGUCAUUCACCCCUGACUCAUUUGUAGAGAGAGAAUGGUUAUGCAGUUUUUUCUACAAAUAUUUUUUGCACAAUACGGCAGAUCAUCUGUCUACUGCCCUGUUUCUUUAAUGUACUGUUAUCACUACUGUUCCAGGUCAUAUAUAUAUAGAAUUUUACUUGAGUUUUUUAUUUUGUUACUUUGUGUAAACAAAUCUUUGUUGUUGUUGUUUUUUUUUAGUAAUGUUUUGUUGUUCCUUUUUUCUUUUUCUCUUGAGGGAUAUUCAGAUGUAGUAUAACAUUAGUCUUGGAGUCUCUCAGAACAGUCAGUGUAGAAAUGGCCAGUGAAUGUGCCCCUCCUCUCAACAUAAAAACACAUAUAUACCUAAAAGCCUACAGCUUCAUGGCAUCUCCAAAAGCCCCAAUCUGCACAUUCUACACACGUAUUGUGCCCUAGCAAGUUUGAGGAAUGAACACUAAAUAAUUUCUGUGCAUUUGCAUGUGCCUUUAUAUUUUAUUGUUGAUGUAACUACCCACAGAAGGACAAUGCUUUUACAUCAUGUUAUUUACGAAAUAUAAGAAGAUAGAAUAAAUUCCAAAAAUAUGCAUCAUA